AUGGAUCACCGGGGCGGAAAGGCCACGAGGGCAGCUUCAAAGGCCGCGACCGCUACCUCCAAGAUUUCGGCUCAGGGAGUGAAGAGUCUCCGGGAGGAGCCCAUCGAAUCUCCGUCCGCCCCUGGGGCUACCCGACCCAACUCACGGAAGUGCGGCGCAGUCGGGGCAUCGGGAUCCCUGCAGAGGAGGAGCACCCCCGGCUCCCCGGAGAGACCCCAGGUACGCGCGCGGGGUGCCCGCGCCAAAAAGGCGCUUCUGGGCGCUGAGGACGCGGUGGAGGGGCAGGCGGUUCGGGCGGCGAAGCUGGAGCCUCCGGCGGCGGGGCCGCCCCUUUCCAGGGCUAGUUCUCGCCGCAGGGGCAGCGCGCGCGCCGCUGGGGAGCAGAGACCCCCGCCAGAGCCCACGGAGUUUCCCAGCCCUGGCCCGCUAGUUUCAGCUUCGGGGGCGGCGCCCGGCGGCUGGAAUCCCCGGGCGGUGCUAGACAAAUUGAGGCUGAGGCGCCAGGAAAUCUCAUUGGCGGCUGAGACUGUGAACAAGGUUGUGGACCACCUGCUGCGGGGCUUGAAGAGCUGUGAUUCCGAGUUCAAAGACGUCGGGCUGCUGCGCACCGGAAGCUACUACGAGCAUGUGAAGAUUUCUGCUCCUAAUGAAUUUGAUAUUAUGUUCAAACUGGAGGUCUCCAGAAUUCAGCUAGAAGAGUAUCGCGACAGUGGUGCAUAUUACUUUGUGAAGUUCAAAAGAAAUCCUAAAGGAAAUCCUCUGAGUCCGUUUUUAGAAGGGGAAAUAUUAUCAGCUUCUAAGAUGCUGUUGAAGUUUAGGAAAAUCAUUAAGAAAGAAAUUGAAAACAUUGAAGAUGUCAUUGUCCAGAGGAAGAAGAGAGGGAGUCCUGCUGUAACACUUCUUAUUAGAAAACCUAAAGAAAUAUCUGUGGAUAUAACCCUGGCUUUGGAGUUAAACACCAGCUGGCCUGCUAGCACCAAGAAUGGCCUGCCCGUCAAGGACUGGCUUGGAACAAAAGUUAGAAGCAGUCUAAGACAGCAGCCAUUUUACCUGGUCCCCAAGCAUGCAAAGGAAGGAAAUGGUUUUCAAGAAGAAACGUGGCGGCUAUCUUUCUCUCACAUUGAAAAGGACAUUUUGAAAAGUCACGGACAAUCUAAAACAUGCUGUGAAAUUAAUGGGAUGAAGUGUUGCAGGAAAGAUUGUCUAAAACUAAUGAAAUAUCUUUUAGAACAAUUGAAAAUAAAGUUUGAAAACCGAAAGGAACUGGAUAAGUUCUCCUCUUACCAUGUGAAAACUGCCUUCUUUCAUGUGUGUACCCAGGAGUCACAAGACAGUCACUGGCACACUAGAGACCUGGAGCUCUGUUUUGAUAACUGUGUGGCAUACUUUCUUCAGUGCCUCAAGAUAGAACAUCUUGAGCAUUAUUUUAUUCCUGGAUUCAAUCUAUUCUCUCGGGACCAAAUUGACAAAAUAAGUAAAGAAUUUCUAUCACAGGAAAUUGAAUAUGAGAGAAACAAUGGAUUUCCAGUUUUUCAUAAACUUUGA